AUGAUUGAAACAUUUUUGGAUAGCUUGCAAGAUCCGCAGCGACCACUUCUUGCUCCCAAUUAUUGGAUUCUUAAAAAAAUUGGUCUUAUUUUACCUGAAAACAACAUAAAUAAAAUAUUUAUCGUAAUACUUCACGAAUUAGUAACCGUGUUUGUUAUUACACAAUACAUGGAGCUGUAUUUGAUAAGAUCAGAUUUGGAUCUCGUAAUCACAAACCUGAAGGUAUCAAUAGUUAGUUUUAUAUGUAUCGUAAAAACAAAUACAUUUGUUUUUUGGCAAUCAAGUUGGAAAGAAGUUAUCGAGUACGUGACCGAUGCUGAUAAUAAUGAACGGGAAGAUUCGGAUACGGUUAAGAGCCAGAUUCUUAGCUCAUAUACAAAAUACUGCCGUCGUCUGAUAAAGUUUUACUGGAUUCUCAUAUUAAGCACUUUCUUCUGUGUAACGGGUACUCCUCUUAUAAGAUAUCUGUCUUCAUCAAACUAUCGCGAGGCUAUUACUAAUGGAACCGAGCCUUUUCCACACAUAUUCAGCGCUUGGGUGCCCUUUGACAAAUACAGUUUCCCUGGCUCGUGGAUCGUGGUAUGUCUUCAUAUUAUCUUGUGUGCAUAUGGCGCUAUGAUUAUGGCUGCGUAUGAUACGAUUGUAAUGGUGACGAUGGUAUUUUUCGGAGGAAAACUAGAACUAUUACGUGAAAGAUGCAAGAAAAUGUUUGGCUGCGAUGACUCAGGCGUUAGUGACGAACAAGCCAGAACAGCGCUUCGUGACGUGCAUAAUGUGCAUGUACAUUUAAUGAAGUAUUCCAGAUUGUUUAACUCCUUAUUGUCACCGGUAAUGUUUUUAUAUGUAGUAAUGUGCUCUUUUAUGCUUUGUGCGAGUGCGUUCCAGCUCACCUUAGCGACCAACACAACGCAGAAACUAUUAAUGGCGCAAUAUUUGCUUUUCGGUAUAGCACAACUAUUUAUGUUUUGUUGGCAUAGUAACAGUGUUCUUGAGCAAGGCAACCAAGUGAUGAUGGGACCCUACGAAAGCGAGUGGUGGGUAAUAGGGUCAAACCAAAGAAAAGAUGUGCUCAUUCUAACUGAGCAAUUUAUGUUCUUAUUAGUGUUUAAAUAUACUGAUAUGGAUAACCAAAACCCCCAAGAGAGAACUGUUCCAAUACAAUACGUGCGUGGAUCAAGAGCUUUUCGUCAGUUUAAGAAUCCGCCCCAGCCUCAUAUGUGCAUUCAAGAUACAAUAAAGGAUUCAACAGAGAAACUUUACAUAAACGUACUGGGAUGGCAGAAAAUCGCCAACCCCAAACAAUAUUCGGAUCCAAUACCCUUAUAUGGUGGGAUGCAGGUACAUCAAGGGUGCGGGCCUAACAGUAAUCGACCUCCACUGCUAGUGUUUGCAGUUAUGGUUAACCCCGAUAUAUUGAAAGCUAAUGGCAAAAAUGCUUCCAACCCAACGGAUAGGGAAGCUCUGGUCAGUCUAUUGUGCGACUUUGUAGAGGCUAUGAACCCUGGACUGGUGCUAACAAGGAAUCCGGUUAUAUUAAAAGACAGAGAUUUGGCAGGAGAGCUGAAAGAUGUGUGGCUGGCUGUACAAAACAAGAGAGAACGAGAAAAGGGCUUGAAUCAAGAUGUUAUGUAUAAGGUGUAUGAUAUUGAUGGUAUUGGAAGUGAUGAUGUCAAUGAAGAUGAUCAAACUAAUGGCAGAAACUGUAAACCAUAUGACAAUGGAACUACAAAUCGAACACAGAACUGUGACAAAAAGAACACAGUGAAAUCAUCAAAGCAAAUACUCAAGAAUGCCGGCCAGAAGUCAGAAUUUGAUUCAGGAAUGAACAACUAUCAAUUGAAUCAGAAUCAUUUUAAUAGAGACAAUAAAAGUGGGAACACAGAUGCAGACACGACUUACUGUACUCCUGUAUAUGGACAAAUAGUGUCAAGUAGAGAAAAUCACAACCAAAUCAAUGACAUACAACAGAAAUUCUCAACGAAUGAAAUGACAAAACCAUCUAGUUCAUUUAAAAAAGAUUGGCAAUCUCCACCAGGAAAACCUUCGCAAGGUUGGGAUGAAUUUUCAAAACGUAUUCUAUCAAUAAAAACAAAUAAUGAUGGUGAUAUCAAAAAGCAAAAAUCAAAAGCUGAAAAGACAAACAAACCAGUGAGCAAUGGCAAAUCCCAUUUCGAUUUUUUCCCAGUGUUUGACAAUAAGACUACUGUGAGCGAUGAUCCCCAAAAACCGACAGAUGCCACAGGUAAAAGUUUAGUAAAGGAACAAGAUAUAGAAAAUGAAGACAAUUCUAAAAUAAUUAUAGACCCAAUGCAGAAGCUAGUUCUGCAUUCGACUGAUAACAAAUUAUGUGAUAAUAAGACAAGUGCUCUCAGCUCAUUUAGCUCAUAAUUUCAUAGCUUUUACAGAAAACUUUUGUAUGGCGAUAUGUAUUGGCUUAAAUGUUGUUUAUGAGACAUGUAUUUAAAAAUAGGAUGAACAAGGUGGCUAGUCAAGUACACGGAUAGAACAAAAUAGUGAUUCAGAUUUAUAAUUUUAAUUUGUGAAAUUUAUCAAUAGUUUGCAUGCGUUAGGACGAGUCAUUAUUAAUCAUGAAAUCGACCAAUUUAAAUUAAUUUUUCAAUCUCAUUCUGAUCCUGAUGUCUCUUAAUGAUGAGUGUAUUGUUAGCAAGAACUGAAGUGCUACAUACAUUACAAUAUCUGCAUCUCUGUUGUCCAUUUUUUCUGGUUAUAGGCACUGAGAUGAGGAUACUGUAAAGUUAAGGGAUAUUUUUUGCAUGCAGUGUGAUUGCUAAAGACAAUGGUUGUGUAUUUUUCUUAGUGUUUUAUAAAAUGGUGGCCAAAUCCACUCAAUUUCUGAGCACUCAUUUUUAUAUUAUAACCUAGUGAUUUUAUAUAUUGCUGUAUAUUUUUCAUUGUUGCCAAUUUUGUAAUAAAAUAUCAAAAUUCGAAUAUUAAAUUUAUUGCUCAUAAUUAAAUUAAAAUUGGAGAAAGAAUUAUUUAAAAUUAUCGAAACUAUGACAAUCAAUGUAAUUAUUUGCAUUUAAGAGUUUUCGCUUAUUACUAAAUAUGAUCUCUUAAUAAUUAUAAGAAAUUGUUAUAAAGUUUGUCAUUCUAUUUGAAUGUUGCCCACAAGUAUCCAACACUGCCAUGUGACGCUUCAUUCUUCCCUUUUCACUUGUAUCCAAAAAAUUAUUUUAUCUCCACUCUUUGAACUUUAUGAAUAGUAUUAUUACAUGUUUGUUAUAUAGAUUAUAGAGAUAGUUUACACAGAUAUAAUAUGUACUAAACGAGUUUUUAUAUUAUGUGCAAUUGUAUAAAUUUCAUCUUUUUAUUUUUAAUAAACAUUGUGUCAAUCUUUUCAUUAGAAAUAUGACAUGAGCAGUUUUAUAAGUCAAAAACAUUUGAACCAACAAUGUGUAUGUCCUUCAGAAUUUUGUAUAAUAAUUUUAGUAUUGCAUUGUUUUUAAGUUUUUGUAAUUAAUUCAAUAAUAUUUAAUGAAUGGUAAAUGGCUAUCAUCACCUGUUAUUUUUGGUGAUAAAUAUUCAAUUAAAAUAAUGUAAUGAUGAUGUCUCAUUAACCAAAAGACUCAACGAAUUAUUAUGAAAUGUAGUAUGUCGAAACAAAAGCCCAUCAAAUAAUUAUAAAUUUAGUUCAUGGAAAAUACUCAUAAACGUAGCCGAUAAUUGAGCUUUCAGAAAGUUAAAAUAAUUUUAAUGUCUUAACUAAGUUUUACAUUAAUAUUUAAUACGUAACGAAGAAGACUAUACAAAUGUAUGUUUCCAACCUCAUCUUACAUUGGCUUGUACUGUGUUGUUGUUCAAAAGUUGUUGCGAUUAAUUUAUAAAACAAAGUCGGCCUGAUUUAAUCAUUCCUUUAGUAAUGGUAUAGAAUCGUAAUCCAUGUUGUUUUUACAAAAUUAGAAAUAUAAAUAAUAUUUUGUAUUUUUUUGCAUUAUUUACAAGGUUAAUUCGUGUUGGUUGCAUUUAUUUUUCACAUAAAAUAUUAUUUGUAUAUUUUUUGACAUGGUUCUUUAUUAUUUAGAUUUAGUUUUGUAAUUGAAAUGGAAGUAUUUCUGAUUUAUAAUUAGUUUUAGAUUUUUUAUCAGUGUAGCCAUAAAUAUGCAGUGACAAAUGAUUAUGUUCCUUUGCUAUUAAAAGCUUUUUAAAUAUAUAGAUUUUAUGGUUGAUUUUUAGGUGAUGUAACUUUGUAGCUAGUCUUAUAUUUGCAAUAUUAUAAUACAGCAAUAGCAUUUAUUCGUUUAUUAAAGUAUCGUAACAUCUUUAAUGACACGUACGUAUAAUCUUUAUCUGUCAAAACUCAUUUUAUUAUUUGAAUGCAAUAAUUAUACAUGUACUGAAAUUAAAUUGUUUAGUUGUAUUUCUAAAACGUGUCAGUAAUAUUUGUACAUUGUACCUUAUGGUUAUAAAGGAAUUACUAUCGGAUCUCUUGUUUACCUACAGUAUUUA